AUGGCCUCUACAACUAUGGAAUCACAACCGAAAGAAGAGAAGCAUCUCACUCCAGUCUAUGAAGAAUCUUCACAAUUCCGUCAUUGGCGAUUCAGCUCUCAACAACUUUUAGAUAUCCGUACUUCUUGUAAUGCCGCCGCAGUGGAUCGCGUACGGCGAAAUUUCCAAGAAGAACAAAAAGCUGCUGAAGCUCAGGGUGAUCGUCCUCAAGAUGAACCACAAUACUUGUCAGUUCAAGACGAAAUGGCAUUAUGUAGAUUCUAUGAGAAACAACUUCAAGGAAUCUGUAAACAUUUGAAGUUUACUGACAUGGUUAUGGCUACAGCUGUCAUUUAUAUGAAACGAUUUUUUCUUCACAAUACAGUAAUGGAUUAUCACCCAAAAGACAUCCUUCUAACAUGUUUGUUCUUGGCCACAAAGUCAGAGAGUGAACGUGUAUCGAUUGAUGAUUUUGGAAGGAACCUCAAAUUGCCUUCAACAACCAGUGUUCUCGAUCUAGAGUUUACAGUCUCUCAAGGUCUCAAAUUCGAAUACUAUGCUCAUCAUCCUUACAGACCAGCCUACGGGUUCUUUUUGGACAUUCAGACUACAGGAGUAGAUAUUAAGAUACUCAAGGAAACUUACAAUAAACUAGGUCCAGUAAUUGGAGAGAUUCUACUGACAGAUCUUCCGUUUCUUUAUAUGCCAUCCCAAUUGGCACUGGCUGCAUUUGUGGUGGCUGGAAAGAACAAUGGAUUCGAUGCACAAAUUCACAAGCAAAGAUUUGGAGAUCAGUCAGACCCACUGAAAGACAUAGUGAAAGCUAUAACCAAAGUAUUAUCACAAGUAACUCCGGUAACAAAAGAGCAAGCGACUCAAGUGGACUAUCGUUUGCGUAUCUGCAUGAAUCCUGCAAAGAAUCCGAAUUCUGCGCUGUACAAAAAACGAGCAGCUCAGAAACAACUCGAUAACGAAGAAAGACGAAGAAAGAAGGCUAAAAUAGACCAAGAUGAGGAAUCAGAGGAAGAAGAAGAAUAA